AUGCCUCCAAAGCGCAGUGCGCACAGUGCGAAAGCACCUCCGAAACCGCGGGCCGUAGGGCCGAAGACCAGGGCGUCCAAGGCCAAGGACGAGUCGUCCGCGCUGAUGGAGGCCACGAAGGCGGCCGAGGAGGUGGUGCGCUCUCGUAGCAGCACGCCGGAGAGUGGCCGUCAGGCCGGGGCUCGUAGCAAGUCUCCUGACGCCGCGCAAGGCAAGGAGGAGAGUCCUCGGGGCCAUAAAAGCCCGGCUCGCGACUGGGAAGCCGCCGUCUUUGACUGCACGAUGGUCCAGUACUCCGGUGAGAGUUCACCCGACGACGAGAACGUCUCGGAGGGCAGCACGCACGCUGCCGAAGGCACGCAGCUGGCGGCAGGCGACAUGACCAACGCCUCGGCCGACGCAAAGGCCUCGUCAGAGAAGGAGGCGGAGGACGCCGAGUCCGGCUCAGGCGACAGCAAGCAGUCGCACGACGAAGUCGCCAUGGCCGACGCUGGGGUCGUGGCCGAGAAGUCGCCGAGCGACGCGGGUUCCAAGCCCAAGGAGGUGCUGGCAUCCAAGCAUCUGACGCUGGCACAAGCGGCUGCCGCUGCGAAGGCCGCCGAGGCCAAGGCGAAGAAGCGUUCAGCUUCCAGGUCGCCUCGCGGCUCCAGCUCCAAGCUGUUCAUCGACUCGGAGUCUGAGGAUGAGGAGGGUGCCGUCCACGAUCCCAAGGAGCUCUCCAACAACCUCGACGAGCAGCAGCAGCAAUACCACGCUGCUAGCUUGGGUGCGUAUGCCAGGCAGCCGACUGCCACGACUGCCAUCGAGUCUUCUUCAGGCGGGGAUACCACAUACCCGCACGGCUACUUCCCGCCCGAGCCUGGCACUGGUGCGCCAGCGCUGUUGGAGAAGCUUUCGGCUCCUCGUGGCCUUAUCGGCGGGUACACCUCGAGGGGUUCCUAUGAGCGUGCUCUUGUUGAGAAAGAGCCACUCUUUCUUGGCGACGUUGAAGUCGCCCGGUGUGUGCUACUAGCACCACACAAGCUCACACUGAAGGAGUUCACCACGCUUCGCAAGAAGCCGGAGGACAAGGGUGGACUCCAUCCUGUGUGGGGUUUCCACUGGGUCAAGCCGAAUGACAACAUGAUCCGGAGCGAGGUGGAAGACCUCUUCUGGCGCUACGUCCAGCGCAAAGGGUAUUCCGACCAAGAGUUCAAAGAACUCCGUGAGGAUCGCACUCUGUCCGCAAUCCUGGACGUGCGCGAGCUCCGCAUCGAGUUCGCUCAACUCGUGAGCAAGCGCAAGCUCCACUCGAAGCAGGACGAGCUGAAGCAAGAGGCGAGAGCCAAAGCUCGUGAAGAGCGUGGGCGUGGUGCGACUACGUCUGCUACCGUGCCCCGGGUACCGGCCAAGAAGCCAAGGACUACUUACGAAGCUGCCGCUGCUUCUCGUCCCAUAUCGCAACAGCCUUCGGGCAGUCUGCCUGGAGCUGCUCAACGGGCUCCCACGAGUUAUCCGACUCAGGGAGGGCCGGCGGUGGCCUCGCACGGCCAUGGCUACGAGCCUGAGGCGACGCAGCCGUAUGCUGGGGCCCCGAGUCAGGUGGUGGCCCUGCAGCAAGAGGAGAUUCGUCUUCUCCGGGACCGUGUGUACGUCCUCGAGAUCGCGCUUGGCGUCGGCCUUGGUGGCGAGGCUGCCGCUCGUGCUGGUCAGCCUGGUGCCGUGGAGCGGCUCCGUGAGGAUGUUGCCUCGCUCUAUCAAGAAACUCGCAGUCUCCAUGACCGUGUGGAUCGUCGAGCCGACCUGUCGGCUAACGACUCGCUGCGAAACCAGCUCGCUGGCCUUCGGGCCGAGCUUCAUGGCCACGCGCCGUAUCCGGAGCAGCAGCAGCCCCACUCGUAUCAGGCCCAGUUUGGCCAGGGCUCGUACGGGGCCCCUGCGUAUGCUGCUCCGAUGUACGCCGCGCCGUCUUACGACCAGCGCGCGUAUCAGGCGCCUUACCUCGACUCGACGCCGCGCUUCGAGGAGCUGCGCUCUUCUCCACCGGGCCACCCACCGCUUCCUGCGGGGCAGCCAGAGCCAGAGGGUCAUAGUACCUCUUAA